AAAUCCCCCGCCCCCUCGCGCCCUUUUUCCCGCUCCCCAUUAUUCCCGCGAUUCCCCUGCCCCGCCUCCCGCUGCCCAGCCAGCUACCCGCUCACCUUGCCGCCGCCCACCGGAAGCAGAGGAAGCAGGGCGCCAUGGGCAAGUACAUGCGCAAGAGCAAGGCCUCGGGGGAGGUGGCCGUCAUGGAGGUCGCCGGCGCGCUGCUCGGCGUCCGCACCCGCUCCCGCACCCUCGCCGCGCAGCAGCACCGCCCCUCCUCCCCCUCCCCCUCCCCCUCCCCCUCGCAGCAGCCGCAGCGCAAGGGCCAGGAGGACGGCGACUACCUCGAGCUCAGGAGCAGGAGGCUCGAGAAGCAGCCGCCGCCGGGGCCCAAGGAGAAGGGGGACGCGCCGCAGCCGGCCGCGAGGAGGGCCGCCGCCGCUGGUGGGAGGGGGAUGGAGUCGUUCGCGGCCGAGGGGUUCGAGGCCGACCUCGAGGUCUCCUUCGGCGACAACGUGCUGGACUGGGACGCCACCGACAGGGGCGCCAGGGAGACGACGCCGUGCAGCCUGAUCUACAGCUCGGAGACGAUGAGCACCCCCGGGUCGGCGACCGGGGCCCGCAACCAUUCCCGCCGCAGGGCGCAGACGCCGGUCUGCCGCUACGUCCCGAGCUCGCUCGAGAUGGACGAGUUCUUCGCCGCCGCGGAGCAGCAGCAACACCAGACCUUCAGGGAGAAGUACAACUUCUGUCCCGCGAGCGAGCGCCCGCUCCCCGGACGGUACGAGUGGACGGUGCUGGACUGCUAGGGCUUCAUACCUCACACCACCACCACCACAACCAGGAGCUCCUCCAUUGAUCUCUGUAACACCAGAAUGACCACCACCAUCAGCAGCAGCAGCAGCAUGUCAUAUGCCGUGGGCGCGAUGCAAAUGCAGUAGCGUUAGGUUUCUGAUUCACCUGUUGUAAAAACUUAGAGUUAGCCCGCAGUCAGUCAGCAGUAGCUCAGCCAGCCAGCCAUCUCUCAGCCUGAUCCCCAACCUCACUGUAACCAUCGUUAGUUAACAACAUCUCAUUUCCGUAGGCUCUAGCUUGAUUAGCAGCUCGGUUAUCUUCUGUAUCCCGGUCCUCCAUCAAUGAAUGAAUCAGAGCUAGAUUUAUUUUCACCCCA